UAGUGUUCAGUUUUUCAGUACGCAAUGGUAGGAGCGUACGAGUGUGGUGAUAAUAUAGGAAAGUGAGUAGUGUUCAUUUCGAUUGAUGGCAGUGCUUUUUUGGAUUGAUCCGAGUGAACUUAAGUGAUAAAAUUAUAAAAUAGCGUGAGAAAUGUGACGGUGUUAUCAGCAGUGUGAAAGUGCAUAAUGCAUGUGAUGCAUAUUUCUUGAGAAUGAUCAACAAUAACUAGGUUGUGAUAUCAAAUUUUAAUCAGUGCCAGUCCGAUGUGCAUUUAAAGUGAUAGUUCCUACAAACAGAGUAUUUCUAUUAUAGUGCCUUUAUUGGAAAAUGAUUGGUGAUGAGGCGGGCAAACGAUGAGCUGCAUCCCUUGUGUGGUGGAGGGGGAUGGCUGCAGCAUCCCGUUGGAGGACUUUGACCGUUGGACGGACAACUUGCAUCACGUGAUUGAGAGCCGGGAUGGACGGCGAUACUUUCGCGAAUUCCUCACGUCGAGGUUCCUCGAAGAGAGUGCUGCCACGCUCGAGUUCUGGGAGCGAGCCGAGCUCAUGCUGCGGACUCCGCAUCAUCACAAAGGUCACGGCAGAACAUCGAGCGUCCACCUGAUGAGACUGCAGAAGGAGGCGAAAGAUCUGGUCGACAUGGCAGAGGACAAGAUAAACUUCGACCUGGCUCAGAUGAGGUGUCUGUACGAAGCACUUCAGUCGGGAAGAGAGGAUAAAAUCCGGUCCACGUUUCAGGAAGCCAUGCAAAGUGCCUGCGAACUUCUCAACGAUGAUUAUCAGCUGUUCAGACAGCAUUUACUCAGGCAGAGGAGACUUCUGAAUGAGAAACGAUAAAAUCAAGAAAUCUACGAGAGAAUUAGACAAGGAAUCUCGAAGAAUACAAAAUUCUAAAAGGAAUACCUCGUAGAAAUCUAAAAGGAAUUUCGUAGAAUACAAUUCUAUAAGGAAUACCUCGUAGAAAUCUACAAGGAAUACCACGUAGAAAUCUACAAGAAAUCUCCUAGAAUACAAUUCUACAAGGAAUUCCUAGUAGAAAUCUACAAGGAAUCUCCUAGAAUACAAUCCAUUCUAGAUUCCUUGGAUAAAAUCAAGUGCAGUGUUUUUAUUGGUGAUGUACUUAUUUGGAAAAAUUGUGCAUACUUUGUUAUUUCUGUUUUGUUCCCACAUCAAGUAAGCUUUACAUACUAUACGGUUAUGUAAGUAUGAGUAUUAAAGUAGUUAUAUUUUCAA